AUGAGCGAUAUUGAGCAAAAAGGUGUUGCAUGUGCCGUCGAAGACGUUAAUGCACAUACUGCCCCAGAAUCCGUUGACCAAGACGCAGAAAGGAGACUACUCUGGAAAAUGGAUAUUCGUAUUCUUCCCAUCCUCUUUGUUCUCUACCUCCUAGCAUUCAUGGACAGAAUCAAUAUUGGGAAUGCGAAAAUCCAGCAUAUGACUACGGACCUGCACAUGGUUGGGAAUGACUACAAUAUUGCUUUGUUCAUAUUCUUUAUUCCAUAUAUAAUUUGCGAGGUUCCUAGCAACAUGAUUUUGAAAAAGGUUGCGCCUUCGACCUGGCUCAGUGGCAUCAUGUUUUCCUGGGGUAUAAUCACCAUCGGUCAAGGAGUAACGAAGAGUUACGGAGGUUUAGUUGCGUGCCGAUUCUUGCUUGGAAUCUUUGAAGCGGGAUUCGUACCAGGAUGUAUCUACUUGAUUUCAAUGUACUAUAAACGUCAUGAGCUACAGUGGAGGGUCAAUUUGUUCUUUUGUGCCAGUAUCAUAGCGGGCGCAGUCAGUGGACUUCUAGCUUAUGCUAUUGCUAAUAUGAAUGGUAUUGGGGGCUAUGCUGGCUGGCGUUGGAUCUUCAUCAUCGAAGGUCUUGUUACAGCUGUGUUAGGCUGCUUGUCCAAAUUUGUCAUUGUGGAUUGGCCAGAGACUGCCGGGUUCCUAACUGAAGAAGAAAGGGCCCUUUUGAUUGCCCGCCUAGCCGCUGAUGUAGGAGAAGCAAGGAUGGACCAUCUGGAUAAACCUGCAAUGAAACGAGCAUUUUCGGAUCCAAAAAUCUGGCUUGCUGUUCUCAUGUACAUGGGGAUUGUCAACACAGGAUACGCAGGCUCUUUCUUCACUCCAACUAUUCUCACCCAGUUGGGGUGGACAGCGGUAAGAGCUCAAGUCAUGAGUAUCCCAAUCUAUAUUGUUGCAGCUAUUAUUGCACUAGCUGCGGCCAUCGCAAGUGACAAGCUCCGUCAUCGUUUCGGCUUCGCAUUCCUUGGCUGUGUUAUAGCUACGGUGGGCUAUGUCAUAUUGCUUUGUCAACGAUCAGUACCCGUGACCGUUCGAUACUUUGCUCUCUAUUUGAUCACUGGUGGUGGAUAUCUGACGCAACCUAUUGUCAUCGGAUGGCUCAGUAAUAGUGUGGCUGGGCACUAUAAGCGAUCUAUAGCAUCCGCUAUGCAGAUUGGACUUGGAAAUUGUGGAGGACUUGUAGCUAGCAAUAUUUUCAUCACUUCACAAGCUCCCUACUAUCCAACUGGUUAUGGCGUGAGUCUGGGGAUGGUUUGGCUGUGCGGAAUAUCUUCUGUUGUGUUUCUCUGGAUCCUUGUACGCGAGAACAGGCUUCGGGAUGCGGGAAAGAGAGAUUGUCGCUAUCAGUUGCCUCGUGAAGAACUUGAAAAUCUGGGAGAUGAUCAUCCCAGUUUUCGCUUCACAUAUUAG